AUGCCUUGUGGUAUCGGGGGUUCUAAAACUGUUCAGCGCAAGCUUGUCUUGCUAGGCGACGGUGCGUGCGGGAAAACCUCAUUGCUGAACGUCUUCACACGAGGCUAUUUCCCCACUGUCUACGAACCGACAGUAUUUGAGAACUAUGUUCACGACAUCUUCGUCGACAGUGUUCAUAUCGAGUUGUCACUAUGGGAUACGGCCGGGCAAGAAGAGUUCGACAGGUUACGGAGUUUGUCAUAUGACGAUACCGACCUAAUCAUGCUUUGCUACUCGGUGGACAGCAAAGACUCACUCGAGAACGUCGAGAGCAAAUGGGUGGGCGAGAUCGCCGACAACUGCCCAGGCGUUAAGCUCGUUCUGGUAGCGCUCAAGUGCGACCUGCGCGAGGCGGCGGACGAGGAGGAGGGCGCCAACGAGGAAGCUAACCCCCGGGAGAAGAAGCCGAUGAUCAGCUACGACCAAGGGCUCGAAGUGGCCCGCCGUAUCCACGCGCUCCGGUACCUCGAGUGCUCGGCCAUGCGGAAUCGGGGAGUCAACGAGGCCUUCACGGAAGCUGCCCGUGUUGCCCUUUCAGUGAGGAAGGAGCGCGAUGAUUCCAAGUGCGUCAUCAUGUAG